UUGCUUGAGAUAAGUCACGUAUAAAUAGAAAACUUAAAGACGACGAACGAAGACGGACGUGCUCGGGGAACGAUUUUAUUUUUAAUACACCACAGUUUAGGGAAUGGAUUCAACUUUAAGACACCUUUUCUAAGACAAUAUGAAUUCCCACGAUGAGGACGAAUUGCCUAUAAGGACGGUUAUAAAAUACGAAAAGACCUCGUGUUACUUCUGUAACGAGUGGUUGGAAUCGCAGACUUUUAAGGAGCACUUGAUUCAUUGUGGUCAAGUUUUGGAACCAUGUCCAAAUGGAUGUUCAGCUUAUAUACAAAGGAAGAAAAUGCGGUCACAUUUGAGAGACUGUCCCAAAGUGAGUAUGAGAACUUUGUCCUCCUCGUCCAUUAGCAAUGGAUUGGAAGGAGGAGCAAUGGAGAGUCGAAUUGAGAUGCUGGAACAGGAUAUUUCUGCUUUGAGAUCGGUUCUAAAUGAAGAGAUUCGACAGCGGUUGCAUUUGAUAACCGAUGUGGGUAGCUUAAGGAAACAAAAUCAGGUCUCUGAUGAAUGGAAUCAAGAAACUGAUCAAAUAAUGACACAACUCCAAAAACUCAUUAACCAAGAAUCCGAACUAAGAGUAAAUGCCAUCGAAGAGUGCCAUAAUGAUUUUCGUUACUGCUACGAUCUAUCACAAACACUAAAAACUGAAUUGGAAAGCUCCAUAAAUGAAUUGGAAAAGGAAAUUGCAGAUCUUUCAAUGGAAACAAAAAAAGCACAAAACAGAUUAACAGAAACUAUUAUAAAAUUGGACGAAAGUAUAAUGGAACAGGAAAAUAUUUUCAAAACCAAAUUCAAACAAUUAGAAUUAUUUGUUCAUGAGCUGAGUAAUGACUUGAAAACACAUUUUGUGACAAACUCUGAAGUAACGACAAAACAAGCAAAAAUGGAUUUUGAAAUUAAAAAUAUGAAACACAUAGUUUGUGAGACCGAAGAUAAAUGUGAGAAGUUGGAAAAGCUCGUUAAAGAUGUGGACAAAGCCUUGCAUCAUACGCUGCAAAGUCUUUCAGACUUGGAAGUGAAUUUGAUGUCGCAAUACAAAAUGUACUCCAUUCAAAAUUUUAAAGGUCAUCUACUGUGGCGUAUAAGUGACUUCCAAAAGAAAUUCGACGAAGCAAAACAACACGAUACAGUUCUACAAAGUGCGAUAUUUUGCAACAAAUCUUAUGGAUAUACUCUAAGGGUAGAAUUAUAUCUUAAUGGAAAAGGUUCAUGGAAAGGUCGUAAUAUAAUUGCUUGUUUGAAUGUAAUUCCCGGUGAAUAUGAUCCCCUAUUGCCGUGGCCUUGUAAGCUACAAGCUGAUGUUUUAAUACGUGAUCAGAAUCCAGAUCCAACUGGAGCCCAAGAUUAUGUUAAGACAGUUGUUGUGAGACGUAAAAGUGACGAAUUUCAAAGUAAUCAAUUCUUUUAUAUACCCCAUAAAAUCUUGGGCAAUCGGAAUUAUGUUAAGGAUGAUACUCUAUUUUUGGAAAUCUAUGUUCAUAAGAAUAAGUAUUUGUAAAUUAAAUACGAUUUUAUAUUA